AAAUUGUUAGAUUUGAGUCUCGCGGCCACUGAGGAGUCUCUCUGUAGAGGCAGGAAUGUAAAUCCAGAGGGAUUAGUGAGAACACGUCGGGCUGUAAAGCCUUCACCAGCUCUCCAAGGGGUCUCUGCCUCCGCGCGUAAAGGGACGGCGCAGCGGACGCUGCGCAGCUCCAGCUCCAGCUCCGUUAUUCCUCCAUGCGCGUCUCCUCUGCGGGGAACUGGACGAGGAUCGCCGGGAUUGUGACACCCAUGCGGGUCACUGACAGAUGAAAACAGUGGGGUUUUUGCCCGUGUUAAUAAGGCGUUAACCAGUCAUCCGUCCCCGGGCGAACAGGAGUUAACACGUGAACCAGUGAACCAGUGAACCAGUGAUCCGUCCCCGGCGCACAGGAGGACAUGGCUCAGCUUCACGGUGCGACUCUCCUCCCGUUUGGUGCGAUGUGCGUGGUUUUCCUGUGGGAAUCCGGAGCCAGCUCCAUCAGGACGACGCUGGAAGUGGACACUUCGAGGACCGAGUGUCCGGACAACAAGAUCCUGACGGUGGAGUAUCCGUGUGUCCGGUCUGGGGGGAAGAACAGCACUUGUUUCAGGAGGAAAUGCUGUGAAGGAUUCCGGUUUGUGAUGGGCCAGUGUAUUCCUGAAAGCGUGGACGUGUGCGCCGCGUCGCCCUGCGAGCAGCAGUGCACCGAUAACUUUGGCCGAGUCAUCUGCACGUGUUACCCCGGCUACCGCUUCGACAGAGAGAGACACCGCACCCACAAAUCUCCGUACUGCCUGGACAUGGACGAGUGCGAGGCCUCCGGCAGCGCCGCCUGCGACCAUGAAUGUGUGAACACGGUCGGCAGCUUCGAGUGCCGCUGCCGCGGCGGCUACAUGCUGGCGCCGGACGAACGCUCCUGCAUCCCCGUGCACAACUUGAGCUCGUCGGGGAAGUCUGACACGUUGAUGAGCGCCGGCAGCUGCUCCUUCACCUGCCAGGACUUCACCAACAUGAAGAACAGCCUUCUGCAGCUGAAGCUGCGGCUGGGAAACACGCACUCGCCCAACCAGGUACCUGGUCUGGCCAACAGCAGUGAUAAACCGUCCCUGGGAAGGUCGGGGAAAAGUCCCGACAGCCCGUGUCUCCCGGGGUUACCUGGCUCCCCGGGGGCUCCUGGGGUCCCAGGACAUCCCGGAGAACCAGGAAGCAGAGGCGACCCGGGCGAGCGGGGUCCUCCGGGCCCCCGGGGGCCGCGGGGGGACAUGGGGCCCAUGGGCCCCGAGCCGGAUCUCAGGCACAUCAAGAGGGGCCGCAGGGGCGCGGUGGGACCACCCGGGGCAACAGGCAGAGAUGGAUUAAAGGGCGACCGCGGAGCUCCAGGCCCCAGAGGCCCGCCGGGGCCGCCGGGAUCCUUCGACUUCCUGCUGCUGAUGAUGGCCGACAUCCGCAACGACAUCACGGAGCUGCAGGAGAAGGUGUUCGGCGCGCGGCGCGGCCUGACGCUGGACGGCCCGGCGCUGGACGGCCCGGCGCUGGACGGCCCGACGCUGGACGGCCCGGCGCUGGACGGCCCGGCGCUGGACGGCCCGGCGCUGGACGGCCCGGCCCAGGCCAGCGGGGAGCUGGACUCGGGGGAGUGGGGCUCCGCACACGGAGAGCUCCCGCUCAACACCUGACGCCACACCAAACCGGACCUUCUUUGUUGACAACACAUGCUGGAGAUCCAACCCGUCGACACGUUAAUCCUCCCUCACCUCACAGCCGGGCCCAGCAGGCCGCGGCGCGGCGCCCGCACACGGGCGGGACGGUCCAACGGGAGGGACUAACGUAAACCCCCUUAACCACUACAAGCACUGUUUUCCUGCAGCCCUUUGUGCGGCGUGGACGUGAGCGAGGGACGUGCGUGCGGGACGGGGAGUGAGAAAGACGCAGCGUGAGCUUUUAUGAGCUGAACCACUUCAAACGAUGAACUUUAUCGUCUCCAUCUCUUCCUGCUCCCGAGUCCGUCCGUCCGCCGACGCUCUGUGGUGCCGGCGACGGCGCGCCUGCAGGGCUUUAGUAAAAAACGACGUGGGACCCGCACCGUUCACCUCCUCUGCACCUGCGUUGUGAGCUCGGUCCGGCACCGACGCCUGAGCCGCGCGGCUCUUUCUCUGAGGCACAAGAACCCACGACAACGGCAUCGUUCAACCGCUAAUCUGUUACCGCUGGAAUCUGCUGCACGGAAAUGCAGCACAAGACACAGGAAAUGGUUUUGGAUGACCAAAACCUCUAAAAUCAAAAUAGAUUUUCACUCCAGGGAACAAUAUAUUGCCUUUUAACCUAUAUUUUCAAAGGAAAUUGAUUGUUAAAUUUCCAUUUGGACAACUGUUGCACAUAUUCUUUUACUCACAGUUGAUCCAAACGUGUCGGACAGAGAAGGAAAGCUGCUCUAAAGUUAUCGUUUUCUUUCUGUUAACUAAAAAGCAGAUUCCAAUAAAGGGUACCCCAUCAAUAAAAGGCUGUUUUGCUCAUGAAAUGAAUAAUUUUGUGAGUUUUAGAAGUUUUGUUUGCUUGAAUGCGUGACGAAGGCUGUGGGCCAGUGUUUCUCAGUCCAGGUCCACUUUCCUCAGCGAGUGUUACACGUUUCUCUUUAACUUCACCUGGCUCAGACUCACCUGGAUGACCGGUUUUUCAAAAGGUUUAAUCCGGAUCAAAUUGAUCCGGAUUUAGUAACCCUUUUUUUUGCUAUCCAGGAUCACGUAAUCCAGUUUACUUUUGAGCCGGUUUUUCAAAGCAACAUCGGAUUGGAUCAAUCUGAUCCGGAUAGAAACUUUUCAGGAUCACCAAAUCUGGAUAACCAGUGCUCAAAUAGGGUAGGAAACACAAUGUAGAACUAUAGAUAUGUAAAGAGCAACAAGGGACGCAAUAGUUAGACACUAUUUCUGAUUUGGAUUUGUUUUGGAUUUCAAAAACCAGUGAUGCCAUUGCCAUUGCUUUGUUAUUCUGUUUUAUCAUUGCAUGCAUCUCUAAAAAAUCAUCUAAAAACAAAACAAAAAUAUUUUUGAUUGUGAUGAAUUAAAAUAUUAUAAUUAGUGACAGAAUGAUAUAUAUUAUUUGUGGUCAAUAUUGACAGCUGUUUGGGGGAUUAUUUUAUGAGGCCAAAUUCUUUCUACUUUGCUGUAGGCCUGUACUGAAAGGCUGAAUACGUUAUAACCUACCUAAUCACUGUAGCCUGACGGAUGAACAAAUCAAAUUAAAACCUUAUGAAUAAAUAGGAUAUCUUGUAGGCUAUACUGCAUGAUCCAAAUAUAGUGUUAUUUGAUACAAUUUUAAAGUUUCAUUACAUUUUGGGCCUGAAAUCUACGCUGAAUCCACCCUUCUGAUGGGAUCAGUUUAAUCCCGAUUUUUUGGAUCAAAGUGAUCCCAAUCCUACUAAAAAGUUUUGAAAAACCCAAACUGAAGGUUUGAUCCAGAUCAAAACCAGGAUUGGAUUACGUGAUCUAAUCCGAUUAUGUAAUCCGUUUUGUCUUUUGAAAAACCCAUUUUCAUGAUUUGAUCCAAUCCCUUAUCCAAAAUCCGAGCGGAUUACUUUUGAAAAACCGGGCCCAGAUGAUCGUUGGAUCCGUUUAAAAAAAAAGAAAAAUCACAUUAUUUAUUCAGCACCACCAGCAGAGGACGCCAAGUCCCAGAUAAUCCCCUAAAACCGGUGUCGAGCCAAAAAGUGACUGCCUGCCAGAAUCUGGUUUCUCACCUGAAAAUGGUCUUUUUACCUGCCAGAAAUGGAUUGAAGGUCAAAUACAGUAAAUGAAAGGUUGUUUCUGCCUAAAUAUGAUUUGAUCUCAUUCUUGAGCUUCAUAAUAUAAACACUAGAGCUCACAGGAUUGCUUUUAACUCUUUUAAAGGACCACUACAACACAAAAUAGGCAUUUUCACCUGCCAAAUAUUGAUUGAAGGCCAAAUACAGUUAAUGAAAAGUUUUUUCUGCCUAAAUAUGACUUGAUCUCAUUCUUGAGCUUCAUAAUCUGAAAAUCUGACGUUUUAGCGCUGUCGCUCCCACAAAUCAGAUUCUGGCAGGCAAUCACUUUUUGGCACGACACCGGCGUCUGCAGCGGUGCAUAUCCAUAUUGGUUACUUUCAGGAAAGUAUUCACACCAAACCAAAGGUUUUCUCACAUCGGCCAACCACAAGUCUUCAUGGUUUUCCCAAAAGUGCAAUUAUAGGAAAUACUGAAAGCCCUUCUGCAAAUAAAAACUGUUAUAAGUCUU